GGCUAGUUCAUACAAAGACAGAAUUUACAUUUCCUAGAAAUAGAGAAUGAGCAUUAUGUAGUUGGUUUUCAAAUACAAAAGUUUUCAACGAUUGGAUACUUUGAAACGCGACUUUUAAGUGAAGGAUAAAAUUGAUAAUAGUCCACGUUGCAGAUAAAUCAAAAUUGUGCCGCUCGAGCUUUAAAAUAAAUAAAUAUACUAUAUUAUAUAUAUCUAUAUUCGGUGCGCGGACACCAUAGUUGCUAGGGAGUGCAGUGUCCUGUUUAAAAUCUAAACCAUAGCGGAUUGAUACACAAUUUGAAGCGGCAAAGAGCGCGUAGGACUGUAGUACACUUGAUUAUCAUAUUUAUCAAGUCGUUGUUAGGUACAGUAGGUAAGAUCAAAUCAACAUAUCAAAAUGGCAGAUCAACUGACAGAGGAACAAAUUGCUGAGUUCAAAGAAGCCUUCUCACUGUUCGAUAAAGAUGGAGAUGGCACCAUCACCACCAAAGAGCUGGGCACAGUGAUGCGCUCGCUGGGACAGAACCCCACAGAGGCCGAGCUGCAGGACAUGAUAAAUGAGGUGGAUGCUGAUGGAAAUGGAACCAUUGACUUCCCUGAGUUCCUGACCAUGAUGGCGAGGAAGAUGAAGGACACUGACAGUGAGGAGGAAAUCAGAGAAGCUUUCAGAGUCUUUGACAAGGACGGUAACGGCUAUAUCAGUGCUGCAGAGCUGCGUCACGUUAUGACAAACCUUGGUGAGAAACUGACAGACGAGGAGGUGGAUGAGAUGAUCCGGGAGGCUGAUAUCGAUGGAGAUGGACAGGUUAACUACGAAGAAUUUGUGCAGAUGAUGACGGCAAAAUAAUACCGUAAACCCAAAAGAACCCUUCACCACCAGACCAAACAGUGGACAACACACUCACUGUCAACACUCGACUGUCCUCUUUUUUAUUUAUUUUUGCUUUGCAUUUGGUUGCUUUCCCCCUUUGUCCAUUUCGCUUGAUUCAGGCUCAUCUGCAAAAUCUGUUUUCUUUCAUUGUUCCUCUCUUAUGCUCUUUUCUUUGACAUUUUCUGUUUUCUCUCAAGUAAAAUAUUUACAUAAACAUAUACUAAAAUUGUCGAAACAAACAUGUGAACAAUUUCAAGCUAAAAUAUAUACAGGAAGAGAAAUGCAUGCUGUGUUACUUUGGGAAUAUUUUUGUGCUACACUGCUUGCAUUGUUUUUGUUUAUUACAUGGUCUAUUCUCAUGCCAUUUACGGUUGUAGAUAUUUGCUAACUUUUAGAAGUGCAAAAGAUUAACAUGAUGGGAGGUGACAGGAUUUUAACAAUAAAAUAGACUAAUGUACUUCCAUGUGUGAAUGCGCAUGUUUUGGUUAAUUUUUUUGAUAUGUACGUUUGGGUAUAGCAGAUAUGGUUGUCCAAGGACUCCCCUGUGAAGUGCUGUAUGCAUAUCUCCAUUAUGUCCUGACAUUAAACAUUUUGAAAAUGUUCUUAUGCUAGAGCAGGGGUGUGUUGCAAAAUGUUUUUGAUUAAACUCCGAACAGAA